AUGGUUCUUUUUUCAACCAUACCCAUGGUUGCAUACUUCUACCCGACAAUUUCAAGCGUCCGUCAGGUAGCCCGAGUAAACUUCACGCCUACUGACACUCGAUUUACCUUGGCAUGCAUUCUUCCCAUCUACCUUAUCCCGUUAUUUCCCCGCCCAUAUGCCGCCCGAAGCUCUUCAUCUGGCAAUAGUGGUUAUCCAUAUAUAAAGGGUACGAUGGAGGGGAAAACGUUUCGCAUUGGGGUGCUAAAGGAUGUCUACCAAUACUUGGCUCACGCUCUCAAUUGCUUUGCUUUUGGUUCAGAGCGCAUCGGCUCAGCAGCCCAUCUAUGCUCAAUGCGGAGGGAUUGGUUGGACUGGGGGCACGAUCCUACCACAUCGGCGCCAACCUCGAGCGUUCCUACCACUACCUCUGGGCCUGCACCAACCGGAGCAUGGGCAACUGCUAUCACCAAGGCUAAAGCUGCUGUCGCAAAACUGACACUAUCUGAGAAAGUUUCUCUCGGAACAGGUGUCCAAUGGGAAAAGGGCCACUGUGUAGGAAACACUCCUGCUAUCUCAAGCAUCAACUUCCCGGGCCUCUGCCUUCAAGAUUCCCCGCUCGGAGUCCGCUUUGCAGACAAAGUCUCCGUUUUCCCGGCCGGAGUCAACACUGCCGCCACGUUUAACCGUGAUUUGUUCCGGCAAAGAGGAGCUGCGUUAGGGGCAGAGUUUAAAGGGAAAGGUGUAAAUGUUGCAUUGGGUCCUGCCAUGAACAUCGCGAGGGUCCCGGCGGCUGGUAGGAACUGGGAAGGUUUCGGUGCUGAUCCCUAUUUGUCCGGAGAGGCGUCGUACGAGACCGUUAUUGGUAUUCAGUCUCAGGGCGUACAGGCUUGCGCUAAGCAUUAUCUUAACAAUGAGCAAGAGCAUUUCCGCGAAUCGAGUUCGUCCAAUGUAGAUGACAGAACGCAACAUGAAAUCUACUUACCUCCCUUCCUAAAAGCCGUACAAGCUGGAGUAGCAAGCUUUAUGUGUUCUUACAACCAAGUCAACGGGACGUAUGCUUGCGAGAACAACAAUAUUUUGAACAAGCUACUCAAAUCAGAGCUGGGAUUCCAAGGCUAUGUCAUGUCGGAUUGGUGGGCCACACACUCAGGAGCAACCUCUGUCAACGCUGGGCUUGAUAUGACUAUGCCAGGUGAUAUAUCUCUAGGAUCUGGCACAACCUACUUCGGUUCGAACCUGGUCAACUCUGUCAACAGCGGACAAGUCAGCCAAAGUCGCAUUGACGAUUUAGCGACCCGUAUCCUCGCCGCGUGGUACCUUGUUGGGCAGGAUUCAGGAUACCCAGCCGUCAACUUUGAUUCCUGGAAUAUCAAUGACUCGUUCAACAAACAUAUUGAUGUUCAAGGUGAUCAUAAAACACUCAUUCGGACAAUCGGAGGCGCUUCCACCGUCCUACUCAAGAACAAGAACUCAGCACUACCACUCAAGACGCCAUCCACCAUUGCUGUAGUUGGAAACGACGCUGGUCCUAACUCUAAGGGGAUUAACGGAUGUACCGAUCGUGGCUGCAACGAUGGGACUCUUGCGCAGGGCUGGGGUAGUGGGACAGCUGAGUAUCCUUAUUUGGUCAACCCCUUGGAUGCGAUCAAAACCAAGGCAUCAAGUAUUGGGGCAACUGUCACAAGCUCUUUGAGUGAUAGUGACAUCAACGCAGCUGCAAAUGCGGCGAGGGGAAAGGAUGUUGCCUUGGUAUUUAUUUCUGCAGAUUCAGGUGAAGGGUACAUUACCGUAGAAGGUAAUGCUGGCGACCGGAACAACCUCCAAGCGUGGCAUAAUGGCGAUGCUCUCGUUGCAGCCGUAGCGGCGGUCAACAAGAAUACGAUUGUUGUUGUCCACACUGUUGGUCAAAUCGUUAUGGAACCUUGGAUUGACCAUGCAAAUGUCACGGCGGUCCUCUGGGCUGGUUUGCAGGGCCAAGAAGCGGGCAAUGCUGUAGUUGAUGUACUCUGGGGCGCCGUUAACCCUAGCGGAAGACUCCCGUAUACUAUCGCUAAAUCCGCCUCGGAUUACUCUGCUUCGAUCAUCACUAGCGGUAGCGGGAUCGUACAGAUCCCUUAUACAGAAGGCUUGAAAGUGGACUACCGAGCGUUUGAUGCCAAUGGCAUCACGCCCCGCUUCGAGUUCGGGUUUGGUCUAUCUUACACCACAUUCGAGUAUUCUAAUUUGGUUGUCACACCGGGAGCUUCGGGAGGAACUCAACCGACGGGGCCUGGUAGCCCCCUAAGUAGCUGGCUUCAAGACCCCUGGGUCAAGGUGACAUUCACACUGAAGAACACUGGUGCUGUUGCCGGUACUGAGAUACCACAGCUGUACAUUUCUCCUCCAGCUUCGUCUGGUGAGCCGCCAAAUGCACUCAAGGGGUUCGAAAAUGUCUCUCUCCAGCCAGGCGCCUCGACUACGGUUACAAUCACAUUGAGCAGGUAUGACUUCUCUUACUGGAACGUAGCUGGUCAAAAGUGGUCCUUGAUCAGCGGAACUACUUCCGUCUGGGUUGGAUCUAGCAGUCGCUCCAAGAAAUUGACUGGACUCGACGCUGGAAUAAGGAUAAACAAUCACCGUGGCGCUUCGACACGAAUUUUACUACCACCACCACCACCAACAAGUGUCCACUGCCGACUGUUAAAGAGCAUGGCUCCAGCAAAUGACUAUAGGCCUGAUAAGCGAGAGGCCAAAAAUAUGUUGAAAAAGGCAUUCGAAAGGAAUCCGCAUCCCAGUAGAAAACAAAUGGAGGCUAUUUCCGUGGAGUGCGGUAGAUCAGUAGAGACUGUCGCGAAAUGGUUCAAGCAGGAGAGAGAAAAAUACGGUAAUGAAGAAAAACCACAGGCUCUCGGUUCAUCGCAGUCAAUAAUCCACGAAGUUCGUGACCGUGACCUGGACUCGCCAGUGAGCCUGGUCAGAACAGCAAGCCUUAACAGGUUGCGUAGAGCGAACAGUGGAACAUCGGGCCACAGAGCCUCAAGCGAGCAAUGGGGGCAAUUUCCUCCAUCAAGUGCAGACGACAUACCAAGUAUGGCCUUUGGAGAACUCCACAAGCAGCAACAUGAACUUCAUUGUGCCAUGGCCAUGUACCACCUGGCGACACAGGGUCUCCCUAUGAGUCUAACACACGACACCGAAGCGUAA